AUCAACAUGAGCACGAAUGAAGUUCCAAGCCGGAGAACUCAAGAGUUAUGUCUCUUCAGGUUACUGGGUAAAGUUGCAUUGGUGACCGGUGGAGCCACUGGUAUUGGAGAAAGCAUUGUGCGUCUAUUUCAUAAACAUGGUGCAAAAGUUUGCUUAGUUGAUGUGCAGGACAAUCUGGGAUUGCAAGUCUGCGAGUCUCUUGGUGCUGAUGCAGAUGUUUGUUAUUUCCAUUGUGAUGUCACAAAAGAAGAUGAUGUUAGUAGCGCAGUUGAUUUCACAGUCUGUAAGUAUGGCACACUUGAUAUCAUGGUCAACAAUGCUGGGGUAUCAGGAUCAUCAUGUCCUGAUAUCCGCAAUGUAGACUUAUCUGAAUUUGAGAAGGUGUUCGAUAUUAAUGUGAAGGGAGUUUUCCAAGGAAUGAAACACGCAGCUAGGAUUAUGAUCCCGCUUAAAAGGGGUAGUAUCAUUUCUCUUUGUAGUGUUGCAAGCACUAUAGGAGGCCUGGGUCCGCAUGCAUACACUGGUUCCAAGCACGCUGUGUUGGGGUUGACAAAGAGUGUUGCUGCUGAGCUUGGAAUUCAUGGCAUACGUGUUAACUGUGUCUCUCCUUAUGCAGUGGCAACUAAUUUGGCUUUGGCUCACUUAAUUGAGGAGGAGAGAACUGAAGAUGCCUGGACAGGGUUCCGGGAUUUCAUAGGGAGAAAUGCCAAUUUGCAGGGAGCGGAAUUGACAGUUAAUGAUGUUGCAAAUGCUGUGCUCUUCUUAGCAAGUGAUGAAUCAAGGUAUAUAAGUGGGGAUAAUCUCAUGAUUGAUGGUGGAUUCACGAGUGUGAAUCACUCUCUUAGAGUCUUCAGAUGAGGAGUAAUCUGAUCCUAGAGGUUGUUGUAUUGUUCUUCUUGGUCAGCUGGGAUCACUCGCUUAGUCUUCAGGUGUGAGGUUAUCUGAGCUUGAGGCGUGUUGCAUUCUUGUUCUUGGUUACUUGGUAUUUUUCACAUGAAUCGAGAACUAAUCAAAUCCUGUUUAUUUGUUUGAUAUUAGUUAAACUAAUUGAAUCAUCAUAUAAUUGAAA